CACCGUACAGCGACUCUAAAAUUAAAACGGUCAUUUUGAGUUUCUGAGCCCCGUGAAAAAGGGCAAUCAAGCGCACUUGAAAUUGAAAACCAGCUUCAUCCACGCCCAAACAAAACGCCGCCUUCGGAUGCCCGUGACCUUGAGCGUUGCGCAAGUUCAACGACCGCACCAGAGCUCCGGCAAUCAAAACAUUAAACAGCUGAUUCUGUGUUUAACUGAACGUAAAAAGUGAUUUACUACUAAAAACGACGAGUAAACGCCUCGUUGGGCCCGCUAAUCGAUGCAUCCUUUGCCGGCAACGUUCGUAGAAGGGUUCCACGAUGAGUCAGAAGUCCGGCGGAUGGAAUAUCGCCCCUUCGGCAAUACGGGACUAGCGGUUUCCAAGGUGUCGCUCGGGUGUGGCACUCUCAGUCAACUGUACGGCGAUUUGGAUGAAGCCGAAGCAAUCCAAGCAGUCCAGCUGGCCGUUCGCCGCGGUAUUAACUACAUCGAUACGGCCCCGUUUUAUGGCCAAAGACGCUCGGAGGAAGUACUAGGCCGCGCACUAAAAGGCAUUCCACGGCAGGCGUACUUUGUGGCCACAAAGGUGACCCGCUACGAGCGAGAAUUUGAACGCAUGUUCGAUUACAGUGCCCGCAAGACACGCGAAAGCGUAGAACGUAGUCUUCAGCUGCUCGGAGUGGAUUGUAUCGAUGUGGUGCAGAUACACGACAUCGAGUUUGCGCCCAAUCUGGACGUGGUGCUACAGGAAACGUUACCCACUCUCGAGGCCCUGCGCCAGGAGGGAAAGCUACGGUUCAUCGGUGUAUCCGCCUACCCGAUGGAGAUCCUUCGGGAAGCGAUAACCCGUGCCCCGGGGCGCUUCGAUACCGUCCUCUGCUACAGCCGAAACACCCUGUUCGAUCAGUCGCUAGCUCGUGAUUAUUUGGCAUUCUUUAUGGAACAAAAACUCGCCGUUAUCUGUGCGUCUGGUCACGGGAUGGGUCUGCUGACGAAUGCUGGACCGCAGCCGUGGCACCCGGCUCACGAACACACGAAAGCCAUCUGCCGGGAGGCGGCGGAAUACUGCAGCAAGUGUGGCAUCGAACUGGGCAAACUGGCCAUGUACCAGUUUCUGCAGUUGCCCGGGCCGGCCACUUUUCUCAGUGGAAUGCAAACGCAACGUUUGGUUGCCAUCAAUCUGCAGGCUCACUGCGAAGGACUUUCGGCUGAGGAAACCGAUGUGUUGGCUUAUCUGAAAGAAAGUGUUUUCCCAAAAAUUGUGCACCCGAACUGGGAGGGCAUCGAGGUGGAACAGUACAGGGCGGCCAUGAAGGCAGCGAAAGUAUGAUGGUUUGUGGCGAGGCGAGGCAUUUAUUUUUCUAUUAACCAUUUACCGAUUUUAAUAAACAAAAAAUCCAACGCCUCUUUUGAGGAAACAGCA